AAUUUACACUUUUAAUUUAUGCAUUGCAUGCCUUAAUUUGCAGGACAACAGAUGGGUGGAUCUGCAUAAGGAAAACAACAAAAGGAUUCUAAUCUUUCCCGCCUCCUCUCCCUCCCUCCCUCUCCAUAUUUGCUGCUUUUGAAAGAACUCCAAUGGCUGCCAGGGUCUGGAACCAGGUCCCAGGUGCAGCCUACUGGGGGACUCUCCCACCUCAAGCCUCAACCACUUCAGUUGGUCUGCAACCGCUGGAAAGAUCCCGUGCAUUUUCUACCCCACCUCAAAUGUCCGAGUCUAAAAAAGCCGCACUGCCAAUGUCUCGCUCCAGAAACUUCAGUCUCAAUUUUUAUGAUUUAGCAGUCGAUGAUUCGCAUGAUGAGGAAGAGCUCAAGCGUUGGAUUAAAGAAGACCCCAGCAGAGGAGCAAUAAGAGUUUAUCAACCAGGAUCUACUUACUCUGAGCUCACACAAUGCGACACUGAGACCCAUGCUGAAGUCAUAAUGUCGAAAUGUGUCACUAGCAAUUUGUAUGUUUAUUAUGCUGGGCACUCUUCCGAGCCUCUGGGAUACGAUGAUUGCCCGUUAAAGAUUCAAAAUAAGUUUCUCAAAUCCCUGGGCUAUGAUGACCCUGAGAGGAUACAGUUUGAAGGGACAAGAGAUGAUCUGCUGUACAUGUUCAAGUUUGUAGCUGGCAGAGAAGAGAACAAAGCAGACGAGAGGGUUCAACUAACAUGCACUGUCAAAUUCAAAGAGUCCAGCCCGUUCAGUUUCUGGUCUAAGAGAUUCUGUGUUCUGUGCGGCUGUCAGCUCCAUGUCUUCUCGUCCAGCACUCCUAAAGGGAAACCCUCUCUCACUCUUGAUCUUGCUGGUGGUAAUGUCAUUGAGUAUGAGACAAAGAAGCACUUGUACUGCGUUCAGAUCAUGUCUUCUAAGAAGACAGUUUUCCUCUCUUUUGAUAGUCGCUAUGAUCAGUCAGUCUGGCUUAAGAGAGCAGCAAAGGUUGUCACUAAGCAUCCAUUAGAAGCUGAUCUCUCUCGCUGUAGCCUUAACCGACUACCAAAAUACCUCUUCCUCAAUAAGAAUCUUGCUGCUCUUAAUCUCUCUCACAAUUUCAUGCUUGAGCUGGUUGAAGAUUCUUCGGUAGCAUACCAACCCGAAGGCUGGAUCAAUGAUAUUUAUCGCUUCUCAAAUCUCAAGAUCCUCUCCCUCAGUGACAAUAAUUUGGUUCACUUCCCAGUGUCUGUAUGUAACAUAGUGACACUAUCAGAACUGGAUCUCUCUUGCAACAAGAUAAGAGUUAUACCACAGGACAUACAGAAGCUAAAAAAGUUAGCUACUCUGCUGUUACAUUCUAAUCUCAUAUCCACACUACCUUAUCAUCUGAACAAUCUUCAAAGACUAACAACACUUGUGAUUGCAUUCAACAGGUUCAAGUCAGUCCCACACAUUGUGAAAGAGUUGGAGUCAUUGAGGAUCUUAAUAGCAGCAGGAAACAGCAUAGUUUCAAUUCCAGAGGACAUCAACAGGAUUCAGACGCUACAAAUAUUAGAUCUAAGAAUGAACCACAUAUCAACAAACAUACCCUCAACACUGCCUGAGCUGCUGAUCUUCUUCACUCUUAACUUACGAGGAAAUGAAAUGACUGAGUUUGAUAUGAGACGAGCCAAGAACCUUCACGUUGUCAAUUGCUCUGAUAACCUCAUCAAGACUCUCUCACUGCAUAAAGGACGAGUGAGCAUGAUCAACGCUAGGAAUAACUGUAUAUCCAAGCUCACUGUUGCAUCAACGUCGCUUAGUCUGACAUCACUUGAUGUGUCAAGAAAUGAUUUGUCAGUACUCCCGGAAGCACUUUCCAAGCUUGUGAAUUUGGAGAAACUUGUUCUGAGUUACAACAGAAUAUCAGCCCUCCCAAAAAAUCUUAUGUUGAGGCUCCAGAAGUUGAAGGUUCUUCAAGUUAGUAACAAUGCUCUAGUCUCAUUACCAGUCAUUGGGGAUAAUUGUGUCGUUGAGUUACUUGACGUACACUCCAACAAACUUCAUUUCUUACCUGAAAACCUCUUCACUCAUUGCCCAAGGUUGCUUCAGCUCAAUGUUUCUAAUAAUCCGAUAAUGUCGAUACCUUCUCCUUUGAAGAAGCAAUCUCAGAGUAAGCCACACCCACUGGUGGAGCUAAGAGCUUGUAACUGCUCACUGACUGGAGGCAGCAUCAAAUCAAUCAUCAGUUUGAAGAAGCUCAAGGCGCUACACAUUGCUUAUAAUUCAAUCAAUGAACUACCUCCAGAGUUAUUCACUUCUCUCUCUGAGUUAGAGUAUCUCAACAUUUCGUCAAAUAAACUUGAGACGAUACAAGAACCUCCUCACUCCUGCCCUCGUCUGGUCUGCCUCUUAUUGCACUCUAAUAGUUUAAAGGAGAUUCCUCCAUUCCCUUUAAUGCCAGCAGUGGAGACACUUGAUUUAUCAUGUAAUGAGCUACAAACAAUGCCACAAGUAAGGAUCAUACACAUGUACAUUGUGUAUACCUGGUACCGGUAUGUGUGA